UUUUUCUAUCCAAGAGCAGUGAAGGUUUUCAUUUCAUCCAAGUCUUUUGCAUAAACGUUCAACUUCCGUUACUUACCACACCAGUAGCAUCUCGUGCCUCCGAACGCAGUAGAGCAAGCAUGAGUGCCAUAGAAUUGUAUCGACAAUGUAUAGACAUUCUCAGGCUCCUUUCCCACCCCGUAGGUGUAUCACUGUGGAAUCCUGAUCAGUUUUUAACCUUCGGAUCGUACUCGAUUGUAACGCAGAUGGUUAUCUACUUCUGGUGCAACUUUUGGACAGUUUUCAAGUACCGCCAUGAUAUAAUCCAUGUCAUGGAAGUCCUGAACUGUGCAGGCAUAGCAUUUCAGCUAUCGGUCAAAUUUUUCAUUGCAAUGAAUAACAAAUUUCUCAUUCGAGGGUUGUUACAGACCAUCGAAAAUAACCUGUAUGAACGAUAUCCGGAUCGAUCGAGUAGUGAGGGGGAAAUAGUGUUCAUAUUUGCCAGGAAAUACAACAUUCUUCUGAAAAUUCUUGCUGUGUUGUACUGCUCCACUCUAUUGGUGUUUGCACUGUAUCCGUUAUACAUCUACUACUCGGAGGGAAAACUUAUACCGUUAUUUAUGUUUGAAGUUUCAUACGUCGAUUGGCACACCGUGUGGGGCUAUUUGCUAACAAAUUUUGUUCAAGUGGUAACUUAUCUGAUGGGCCUAUUCGGAAUGAUUUUGGCAGAUGGACUUUUGGUUUUGCUGGUUGUGCAUGGACUGGUUUAUAUUGAAGUGUUCAUGAUUCAUCUGAGAGAUCUGGCCAAAAUGUUACAAUCGGAGAACGUGGGCGAAAACGAAGAAAAGAUUAUGGAGCUAUGGAGAGAGUGUCUUGUAGAGCACCAGACUAUCAUAGAAUAUUUCACUGAUAUUGAAAAUGUGAAUGGCGGAAUGUGUUUAAUCCUCGUCUUCACUGGCGUAUUCGCUAUAUGCGAUAAUUUAGUUUUAUGUGCCCUGACUGACUGGUAUGCCUCAUAUCUAUUCCUGUUGAUAUGUUUCGUACAACUUACUAUCUAUUUUGCUGUUGGAAAUGCUGUUGAGCUGAAGAGUGACGCAUUGGAUAUAAGUGUUGUGAACUUUCCGUGGCAUUUGCUCAAAAUUGAUAACCAAAAAGAAUAUCUAUUUUUGAUUUGCCAAAUGCAGCGUCCGAUAAUUCUAACUGUGUACGGAUUUUCCAAUCUUAAUCUGGAAGCAUAUAUGACGAUUUUGAAAGCGUUAUACCAAUUUGCUAUGAUGAUUUUGAACUUUUUAGCAUAAAACAUGAAAAACUAUGCAGAUCUAUUCUGUUUUAUACUAGCUCUAAGACAUUUUUAUCUCAGAAACGUUACUCACGUGUAAUUUAAGAAUAAUUUAUUAAUAAUUUCAAUGUUUAAACAUAGU